AUGGCAAAAAAAAUUGAUAUGAUCAAGGAUAUUGAUGGAAGAAGAAAAAUGUUGAAACUUGCUGUCAGAAUCAUAGAUUUGUGGUAUGUUGAGUCAUGGGAUUCCAAACAAAGUAUGGAAAUGGUUAUGAUGGAUCAAAAGGGUGAUGUUAUUGUUGCAAUGAUUAAGAAGGAAGAUAUGAGUCCCACUGCAAGCAUACCUAGAAAGCUUUGGAAGUUCAAAACUAUAAAGGAUAUCAUUGAUGGAAAAUGUCAUUGGUGUGGUGGAAAUGUAGAGGAGAAAGCCCAUUCGAAAAAUGUUGUGUUUGACCUUAAAGAUUUGAGGUUGUUUUCGUUAUGUAUGAAUUCAUAUUGUGAGAAAUUAUUGAGUUAUUGGAGGACACGUAGUCAAACAUCUAAUCUUGUUAUUAUUCUUACUCAGGCCAAGAUAAAGGCUGCAUCAGGUCCCUGGCCAAUGUCACUGUCUAAUUCUUGGAAUGGUUCGAAACUGAUAAUGGGCGAUGACAUACCUGAGCUGAUUGAUUUUAAGAAGCAAUUUGCAGAAACCUCUCGUAGUGAAACUUUUAAGGAGGGAAGUCAAUAUAGUGGCUCUUCGCAGAUUAGUCAUGUUGAUAGGUUUAUGUAUAAAACUGUUGUUAAAAGUGUUUCAGAGAUUAUCACUGUACUAGAGGAGAUUUCCUGUGUAACUGUUGCACGUACAUUUAAAUUUAACUUAGGAAAUGAUGGAUGGAAUUAUUUGGUGUGUAACGUAUGUAUGAAAAGAACUCAUGAAGUUGGUUCUUUUAAGUGUCUUAGUUGUGAUGCUUUUAACGAUUCUCCAAGAAUUCGAUACAAGCUCGAAAUUCAAGUCACUGAUGGGAAAAAGGUGGCCAAUUUCAUGCUUUGGGACCAAGAUUGCAAGAAUUUAAUUAGUGUAUAUGCUGCUGAUUUGAGAAAGAAAAUGAUCAAGGCUUUUAAGGUUAAGCUACAAGAAAAGAACCGACCUGCCUCAAUUAUGAGAGUUUCUACUGAUGUGGAAAUUAUUGAUCACGUUAAAGCACUACUUGGACAAGAGAAGGCAAGCCAAGUUGGUGAAUGUAUGGUUAGUUGUCCAUCUGACAUGUUUCCUGAUAUUUGCAAUUCCUCAUUCAUUGAUGUGCCUUUCUUCACCGCUGAUGAUGAACCUGAUAUAGUUUUCUGUAUGACGCCUACUAAAGAUGUUUGUGCUACCAUUGAUGAUGUUCAAGACAUUCCAUCAAGUAUCAUGGAGUUCGAUUUUCUAGAAGACAUUCUUUUAGCUCAGUUAUCAGCUACAAAGACUACAAAGCCAAUCAAGAGUAUCAAAAAGGAGAAAUUAUAA